AUGUCCUCAUUCCGGACCGCAAUAGAAGCGGUAGACGUGAAGAUCGCAGCGCUGUGGGGUUUCCAUGGAUGGCAACAUGUACUCCGCCCUCGAAACGAGGACUUCGACCCGGCAUGGGAGGCUGGUUUGGCAAAGAAGACUGGCCUAUGGAAGGGCGAAUCUGGUGUCUUGGCAGAGAGAUGGAGGCUUUGGGCUGACGAGCUGAGCAGCAAUCCCCAGUUUGAUGGCCAGGAAGCCGAAACUCGACCGCAGCGCAAGUCAUUCGUUAGCAUCAAGUCAGGAGAGCUCCUACGGGAGAGACGACCAGACGACAUUCCGAUUCGAAUGAAAGUGUGUCUUCAUGACCAAGCCUGA